AAAUUUCACCCGAUCUCCUUCCCAUAGCUGCUGCCCCAUCCACCUCCGACCACCGCUCCGCCCAUUCCCGGUUACCUGCGGCCGCGCGACCACCGGCGACUACCCUCACGGCCACCGGCGACCACUCCGGUCUCUGCUCCAUCCAAGCUCUUAGGGAAUCUUUAGGGAUAUCUCAACGCUUCUGUUCAAUUGAAUUCAGUUUCUAUCAUAUUAGUAUCUAGUACCAAGCCCGAAGGUAAAGAACGUACCAAUGGGAACACAACCCCAGCAAACAUGUCCAGAAGAAGAGGAGGAGGAGCUGCCAGGUCGUGGAGCUACAUUUUCUGGUCAAUCAAUGUCAACAAGCAGAAGUGUUGGCUCACCAUCCAGCCGGAGUGAACAGACAAUGGCAACACCAGCUAGUGAGAGCACUUUUCUUAGAUUAAACCAUCUUGACAUACAUGGCGGUGACGAUGUUGGAACACAGGGUGCAGUUGGUAGCAACAAAAAAAAGAGAGGCCAACGUGCUGUUGGAGGUGAUAAGAGUGGAAGAGGGCUACGCCAAUUUAGUAUGAAAGUGUGUGAGAAGGUAGAAAGCAAGGGAAGAACAACUUACAAUGAGGUAGCAGACGAACUGGUUGCUGAAUUUGCUGAUCCAAGCAAUAGCACUUUAUCCCCAGAUCAGCAACAAUAUGAUGAGAAAAACAUUCGUCGAAGAGUGUAUGAUGCUUUGAACGUUCUCAUGGCGAUGGAUAUUAUUUCAAAGGAUAAAAAGGAAAUACAAUGGAAGGGUCUUCCUCGUACUAGUCUGAAUGAUAUUGAAGAACUAAAGACCGAGCGUCUUGGGCUAAGGAAUAGAAUUGAAAAGAAAAGAGCAUAUUUGCAAGAACUGGAGGACCAAUACAUAGGUCUUCAGAACCUUAUACAACGAAAUGAGCAAUUAUAUAGCUCAGGAAAUGCUCCCAGCGGUGGUGUAUCCCUGCCUUUUAUUCUGGUGCAGACACGCCCCCAUGCAACUGUUGAAGUGGAAAUAUCAGAAGAUAUGCAACUUGUGCAUUUUGAUUUCAAUAGCACUCCUUUUGAGCUGCAUGAUGACAAUUAUGUUCUCAAGGCAAUGAAAUUUCAUGAGAGACCUGAGAAUGAAAAUAUAACACACAAUCCUACUGAUGGAGGUGAAGGUUCUAGCAUGUCAGGUUUGUAUCAUGCACAGGUUGCUACUUUAGUUUCAAACCCGGCAGUUAGGCCGCCUCCCUCAUCACCACCACUACCUGGAAUAUUAAAGGCAAGAGUUAAGAAUGAGCAUUGAUCUGCAAUUGUCAUAUUGUCUUGCCUCUUUAGGAAUGUUUGUAUAUAUUGUAAAAUAAUUUGCCUGCAAUUAAUUGUCUGUCUUUAUAUUCAGCCAACAUCGCCAAAGUCAAUCUCUAGGUUAGAAGCAAAUUGGUCCUCUUGCUUCUCUCUAUUCUUAGGGAUUGAUUUUGUCAAAUUCAUUGCUAAUGCUAACCCGCAUCAAGUAUUUGCCCUUUCGCAGCUAGAGAAAUUUGUUUGUAUUAGUUCAUAAAAAUCAUGGAAUGCUACACAUCAGCAUAGGAUUUAUUUUUUUGUUCACAUUUUUUAGACUGAAUUAUUGCACCUGGGCUAAUACAUCUUGCAAUAUAAUUUUGGGGGAAGAAGC